CGUGGCCCUUCCCCGGCUUCUGGAGGCGGCGGGGCGGGGGGCGGGGGGCGGCUCCGUGGAGCGGGACGGCCGCAGUCUUCAGGAACGCUUCCGUCCCUCUCGGCCAUCCGAGGGGAGCCGAAGGCCGCACGGGCUCGGCGGCUGCAGCGGCAGCAGGUAGAAAGACUACGGCAUCAACUCAGUGAAGCAGUAAACUCGCUCUUUGUCUUUUAAACAUCAAGAACGAAGCAGUGGUAUCUGAGACCAGAAGAACAUUUGCCAACUAGCUGUCAUCACAAUUUCAAGUGAUUGUAUAAGCAGAAACAAGCUGCAGCCUAUGUGUCAGCUAGUUUAGAGAGAAUGGUUUAUUUAGAAGCAGUUUUAGUAUAGUGCUUUAUAUCUGUAUCAAAUGAAAUAAAAAUGAGUGAAGCCCCUAGAUUCUUUGUUGGGCCCGAAGAUACAGAAAUAAGCUCGGGAAAUUAUCGGCAUUUCUUCCACCAUGCAGAUGAAGAUGAGGAGGAAGAGGAUGAGUCUCCACCGGAAAGGCAGAUUGUGGUUGGAAUAUGUUCCAUGGCAAAGAAGUCCAAAUCCAAACCAAUGAAGGAAAUUCUUGAACGGAUCUCCUUAUUUAAAUAUAUCACAGUAGUAGUAUUUGAAGAAGAUGUUAUUUUGAAUGAACCAGUAGAAAACUGGCCUUUAUGUGAUUGUCUUAUUUCGUUCCAUUCUAAAGGAUUUCCACUGGACAAAGCAGUUGCCUAUGCAAAACUCAGGAAUCCAUUUGUAAUCAAUGACUUGAAUAUGCAGUAUCUCAUACAAGAUAGAAGAGAAGUGUAUAGUAUUCUUCAAGCUGAAGGUAUUUUACUUCCUCGUUAUGCAAUUUUGAACCGUGACCCAAAUAAUCCCAAAGAAUGCAAUCUGAUUGAAGGGGAAGAUCAUGUAGAAGUAAAUGGUGAAGUUUUUCAAAAGCCGUUUGUAGAAAAGCCAGUCAGUGCAGAGGAUCACAAUGUUUACAUUUACUAUCCCACGUCUGCUGGUGGUGGAAGUCAAAGACUUUUUCGAAAGAUCGGCAGUAGAAGUAGUGUUUAUUCCCCAGAAAGCAAUGUACGAAAAACAGGCUCAUAUAUAUAUGAAGAGUUUAUGCCCACAGAUGGUACUGAUGUAAAGGUUUAUACAGUGGGUCCAGAUUACGCACAUGCUGAAGCUCGAAAAUCUCCAGCUCUUGAUGGCAAGGUGGAACGAGACAGUGAGGGAAAAGAAGUUAGAUACCCUGUUAUUCUUAAUGCACGAGAGAAAUUAAUUGCCUGGAAAGUCUGCCUUGCAUUUAAGCAAACAGUUUGUGGUUUUGAUUUGUUACGGGCCAAUGGACAGUCCUAUGUCUGUGAUGUCAAUGGCUUCAGUUUUGUGAAAAACUCCAUGAAGUAUUAUGAUGAUUGUGCAAAAAUACUUGGCAAUAUUGUAAUGCGAGAGCUUGCUCCACAAUUUCAUAUCCCCUGGUCAAUACCCUUAGAAGCUGAAGAUAUCCCGAUUGUACCAACUACAUCUGGAACUAUGAUGGAACUUAGAUGUGUCAUAGCUGUGAUACGGCAUGGGGAUCGAACACCAAAACAAAAAAUGAAAAUGGAAGUUAGGCAUCAAAAAUUUUUCGAUCUUUUUGAAAAGUGUGAUGGAUACAAAUCUGGGAAAUUAAAACUCAAAAAGCCAAAACAAUUACAGGAAGUACUGGACAUUGCCCGACAACUUCUUAUGGAGCUGGGGCAAAAUAAUGAUUCUGAAAUUGAAGAAAACAAGUCAAAACUUGAACAACUUAAGACUGUAUUAGAAAUGUAUGGCCAUUUUUCUGGAAUAAAUCGUAAAGUUCAAUUAACUUAUCUCCCUCAUGGUUGUCCUAAAACAUCUAGUGAAGAGGAAGACAGCCGAAGAGAAGAACCAUCCUUACUUUUGGUUCUAAAAUGGGGAGGAGAACUAACUCCUGCAGGCAGGGUCCAGGCUGAAGAACUUGGAAGAGCUUUCAGGUGUAUGUAUCCUGGAGGUCAAGGAGAUUAUGCAGGAUUUCCUGGUUGUGGUUUACUUAGAUUACAUAGUACCUACCGACAUGACCUCAAAAUAUAUGCCUCUGAUGAGGGACGAGUCCAGAUGACUGCGGCUGCUUUUGCAAAGGGGCUCCUAGCUCUAGAAGGAGAGCUUACACCCAUUCUUGUUCAGAUGGUAAAGAGUGCAAAUAUGAAUGGUCUUUUGGAUAGUGACAGUGACUCUUUGAGCAGUUGUCAGCAACGUGUGAAAGCAAGACUUCAUGAAAUACUUCAGAAAGAUAGAGAUUUUACUGCUGAAGACUAUGAAAAGCUUACUCCAUCCGGAAGCAUUUCUCUUAUCAAAUCAAUGCAUUUAAUUAAAAAUCCUGUGAAGACUUGUGAUAAAGUUUAUUCCUUGAUACAAAGUUUGACUUCUCAAAUCAGACAUCGAAUGGAAGAUCCCAAAUCAUCAGAUAUUCAGCUUUACCAUAGUGAAACAUUAGAGCUUAUGCUACGUAGAUGGUCCAAGUUGGAGAAAGACUUUAAAACAAAGAAUGGAAGAUAUGACAUUAGUAAAAUCCCUGACAUAUAUGACUGUAUAAAAUACGAUGUCCAGCAUAAUGGUUCCUUGAAAUUAGAAAAUACAAUGGAAUUAUAUAGGCUUUCGAAGGCAUUAGCAGAUAUUGUUAUCCCUCAGGAAUAUGGUAUAACUAAAGCUGAAAAACUGGAGAUUGCCAAAGGCUACUGUACUCCUCUAGUUAGAAAAAUUCGCUCAGACCUCCAGAGGACACAAGAUGAUGACACUGUAAAUAAACUCCACCCUGUGUAUUCCAGAGGUGUUCUGUCUCCUGAACGUCAUGUUCGUACCAGGCUAUAUUUUACCAGUGAAAGUCAUGUACAUUCUUUACUAUCUAUUCUUCGCUAUGGUGCCUUAUGCAAUGAAUCAAAGGAUGAACAGUGGAAACGAGCUAUGGAUUACUUAAAUGUUGUCAAUGAACUCAAUUACAUGACUCAGAUUGUGAUCAUGCUUUAUGAGGAUCCUAAUAAGGAUCUCUCCUCAGAGGAACGUUUUCAUGUUGAAUUACAUUUUAGUCCAGGAGCUAAAGGAUGCGAAGAAGACAAAAAUUUACCAUCUGGCUAUGGCUAUAGACCAGCUUCAAGAGAGAAUGAAGGCAGGAGAUCUUUUAAAAUUGAUAAUGAUGAUGAACCACAUACUUCUAAAAAAGAUGAGACUGAUCGUGCUGUGAUACUGUUCAAACCUAUGGUAUCAGAGCCAAUUCAUAUACACAGGAAGUCUCCACUUCCAAGAUCUAGGAAGAUGGCUACAAAUGAAGUAAAUUAUUCAAGUAAAACCUUGAAGACUUUUUCCAGCGUCCACCAUCUCCAUGGAUAUCAGAAGUUUGUACUUCCAAAAGACACACAGAGAAAAAGACUAUUCUCUUCAUUUUGUGAAGAGAGCCCCCUGAGUGUGUCUAGCCCAGAGGGUACUGGUACCUGGCUGCAUUAUACCAGUGGUGUGGGUACUGGGCGUCGAAGACGCAGAUCAGGGGAACAAAUCACUUCUUCCCCUGUCUCCCCCAAAUCAUUGGCUUUCACAUCCAGUAUUUUUGGCUCAUGGCAACAGGUUGUAUCUGAAAAUGCUAAUUAUUUGAGAACACCAAGAACUCUUGUGGAACAGAAGCAGAACCCUACUGUAGGGUCUCACUGUGCGGGCCUGUUUAGCACCUCGGUGCUCGGGGGUUCUUCAAGCGCACCUAACCUACAGGAUUAUGCUCGUACUCAUCGUAAAAAGCUGACUUCUUCUGGCUGCAUAGAUGACGCCACACGCGGUUCUGCUGUUAAAAGGUUUUCUAUCUCAUUUGCUCGACACCCAACCAAUGAACACCUACACCUCUAUAGGUGCUGGUCCGUUUCCUCUGUGGAAUGUCUAGGCUCCAGUGGCUUUGAAUUGUAUUCCAUGGUGCCAUCUAUUUGUCCUCUAGAGACUCUUCACAAUGCCCUGUCUUUAAAGCAGGUGGAUGAAUUUCUUGCUUCCAUUGCUUCUCCAUCAAGUGAAGUUCCACGGAAGAGCCCUGAAAUCUCCUCUGCAGCUUCACGUACCAGUCCAGUAAUGAGAAGAAAAAUAUCUUUAAAUACAUAUACACCUGCAAAGAUCCUCCCAACACCACCAGCUACCUUAAAGAGUACGAAAGCAAGCAGCAAGCCAGCUACCAGCGGACCUUCUAAUGCAGUUGUUCCUAAUACCUCAUCUCGAAAAAAGAGUGUAACUGGCAAAACAGAAAUGCAUGAACACAAAAAAAACACUGGGAAAAAGAAAUGAAACCUUAGCAGAAGCUGGAACUCCUUAAACAUAUAAAAAUCACGUGUUCAGUAGAAAAGGACACAUAAUAAACCUUGACUGAAAACUGUCAAAGCAAGUAAUAAUUUAUGUUUUUCCGUAUACAUCUCUGUAUUCAUUUUAAAAUAUGUUAAGUCCAGAGAAUUCUUUGUAUAUAUUUGGGUAAGGAACGUUUCUCAUGAUCUUGAAUGAAAUGUUUAAGACAAUGCUUAUUAAUAUUUAAUGAGCAGCAAAAGUUAUGGUGAUGAAGGUCUGUCAUUCUUAAUGUUAGGUUUACCAUGUGCCCCUGGUAAAGACAAAGACAGAAAAGCCCGGCUAACUUGUACCAGUGUCACACCAGUAAUGCUGUUUACUCAAGAAUCUGUGAGGUAAUCUCUCUGUACACUUUCAUUUUCAUGGAAUUUUAUCUUAGCUGGAAAAACCUAUAGCUUGGGUUAGAAUUUGAUAGUCAGGAUUACCUACUGCAGAUUUUUAAAGUAUAUUUCCAAAGAGAUUUCAUUGACCAUUGAAAUUAGAAAGUUUUUUCCUCCUUUUGUUGGAAUUACAUAUAUGCUGCAAUGUUUAAUAACUGGAGUAUUAGCAUAUGGGUUAUUUUUUCAAUAUGUGCUUUGAGAUUUUUUUUAUUGUGUUUUUAUUUAAAAUAUUACAUAUACAGCUGGGAUAACUACACCUUUAUGCACAUAAAUUUCUAUAUUAAUUUGUAGAAAAUACUUUCUUUAUAUAUUUCCUUGCCAUAAGGUGCUUUUGCUCAUCAGGAAAAUUUUGCUUCAUGUAUUGGGGAGAAAGACAUCUUUAGUUUUGUUGUUGUUUUUUUUUAAGAGAUACAGUUGACAAGUUUAUAAAUGUUACACUUAUUUUCAGAGUUCUUUUUAGAUCUAAGGAAAUCAGUUCAAAAAUGAAUGUCAUCAUUGUAAGAAGAAUGUCUGAAUUCUGUAGUUAGUAGAUAUUAUGUAUAGCACCUCUUUUUAGCAUUUCCAUUCUUAUCUCUAGUAUAUCUGUUGAUCUCACUAAGAAAGCUUAAAGACUGAACAUUUGAAGUAAAUGCUCUUUUCAAAUGAUUAGAUUUUGAAAGGAAAUUGAGAUCAUUGUUUUGUGAUUUCAUCCAUGAUGUGAAAAAAAGGUAUUUAUUAUACUUGGUGCUUUUUUCCCCCUAAUGUACAAAUAAUUAUAAGCCCCUUGAAAUGACUUAAACUGUAAACCAAACAGUACAACCUGAUAAGAAUUCCAUACAUUGCCAGUCGGGUACCUUAAAUUGCUAAAGUUUUAGUUUGAAGCUUACGUUUAGGAAAUUACUGAAUUCUCGUAUGAACACAACUAUUAAAAUUCUUCAGAAGACUCUCCUAGCUUUAGAUCAUCAUCUAUGAAUUGACUUUUAGAAAAUAAGCAUAUUAUAUGUUAGUUUUAAGAGGUACCAGAUACAGAAGUCACAAACUAUAUACAACUAUAUAAGUUUGUAUACUUCACGUGAAUGUAAUUGUAUUAUAUGGAGACAUGUCUUGUAAACAGUUGAAUGUACCUAAGCUUUCUGUAUGUGAAAAUGUUAAUGUGCUCAGUGUGGGAGUAAGAAACUACUUUUAUUUUUUAAGUGGAACUGAAUUAAAUAUCGUAUUUCCAGAAUCAGAGAA